AUGCCUCUGGAUGUGCCCGAUGUCGAAGAAGUGGGCGCGACGUCAGCUCCACUCUUAAGUGCUGCAUUUUUCAUCGGAGCCAGAUGUAAACCAUACAAUGACGAUUUCAUGAUGUGUAAGGACGAGAAAAACGGAGGUACCGUGGAAUGUUUGAAAGAAGGCAGAAGAGUGACGAGGUGUGCAGUUUCGGUCUUGAACGACUUGAACAAGUACUGCUUUGAUGAGUUCAAGUUGCAUUACGAGUGUCUUGAGCAAGAAAACCACAGGCUAAACGGAUGCAGAGCCAGCGAAAAGGUGUUCAACAAGUGUGUGUUUGACAACUUGAAGUUGGAGAAGAAGAUCCCCGGGGUCAAGCCAGAGCAGCAGAUCCACUUGAAGGAAAACCCCAUCUACACCGGCACAGGCCAGGAUAAGGCGGUGACGCAAGCGUUUUUGAAGAAGGCACAGGAGGAGUCUGCGUAG